CCCUUCAAUCUUCAUGGGUAUCCUUAUUGGCUUCAUAUUAACGCUAACUGCCAAACUAUGUGAAUGUGGCAUUCUCCAAAUUAACACCUCCCCUUAUAAUCAAACUCCCCAACCGAAAUUUGGAAAUGAAAUAAAGAAAGAAGAAAGAAGAAAGAUACCUACUCCAAAACCCACAAAGUUUAAAGUAUCAUUUCCAUGAUUAGCACAUUUGACAAAGUAUACCAUCCUUUGUUCUUGUUGCUUAGCCCACUACCCUUCUUUUCUCCUUUUCCCCCUCUUUAUUAUCAUAUGUUAGUGGUGAAUUUCUACCUUUUUCUUUCUAUAUCCCCUCAUAACUCACUCCCAUGGCUCGAAUUUUCUUGGGCAACGUAUGAUAUAGAAUUGGUGUAUAUUAAUUAUUGAAAAAGUUACCGUAAAUAAUACAAACUUUCGUUAAUUUCCUUAUAAGAGUACCAACUUUUAAUUAACUAUGAAUAACACAACUUAGGGAUGUUUUUUUCCUAGAAUAAUAUCAACUUUAGUUUAUAAGUUGAUUUGUCAAUUUUUUUUGUCAUAUAAUGAUUUUUAAUAUGUUAGGGAUAUUUUAGAAAAAUACAGUCUUAAGUUGGUAUUAUUCAUGGUCAAUUAAAAGUUAGUAUUAUCGUAGAGAAAUAAAUAAAAGAUUGUAUUAUUCCUUGUAAUUUUUCCUUAAUUAUAUUGUGCACCAUUCUUUACUUUCCAUUCUAUCAGCCCACUAGUAUGUUAAGGUAGAUGUACUCUGUUUUAGUAUGUACUAAUCGACACAAGAGUUUCUCAUUUUCUUUUACUAUUUCCUUAGCAAUAAAUUUAUUUUUUUUCGUUAAAAAAUACAAUUAAAAUGAUUUUAAUAUUUUUAAUCGAAAUUGGGACAAUUUAGAAUAUGGAAUUUGAUCCAACCCUAGGGCUUGGUAUAACAUGACUACUCCUAUUGCCCCUUUUAUAUUUACUUUUGUUAUUGGGUUAUGUCCACUAGUAGUAGUACAAUCCUAUAGUAGUAUACUUAAAGUUGCAAACUAAUGCCUUUUAAUGCAGUACUGCUAGUGGUUCUCUCUGUUAUUCAUCUUUAAUUUCAGUUUUGGCAUUUAGCCCACUAAAAACUACCACCUUUACCACCUCUAAGUGUUAGCAUAAGCCAUUUUAGCUUUUCUUUUGGUACUAUAUGGGCAUCUUUAGCAGCCAAAAACACACAUAGCUGAUAGCCCCACAUUCCCACAUUAAGUUAUUGCUGUCAUCAAACCAUUUCUCAACUACAGCUAGAAGGGGAUAGUAAGGGGAAGGAAUGAAGUGAUGGAGAUGGAAACUAAUCAAGAUUAUCAAAACCCAUCAUCCUCAAAACCCGAACCAUCUCCUCGAAAACCAUUAUUGGUUAGUGAUCGUCUGAAACGAGACGAAUGGAGUGAAGGGGCGGUUUCGAGCUUGCUUGAAGCCUAUGAAUCAAAGUGGAUUCUAAGGAACAGGGCUAAGCUUAAAGGGCAAGAUUGGGAGGAUGUAGCUAAGCAUGUAUCAUCUCGUGCAAACAACACAAAGUUACCUAAGACACAAACUCAGUGUAAGAAUAAGAUUGAGUCUAUGAAAAAGAGGUAUAGAUCAGAGUCUGCUACUGCUGAUGCAUCAUCAUGGCCACUUUUUUCAAGGCUCGAUAACCUGCUUCGUGGGACCGGGUUAUCAUCACCCAUGAAGGCGAUUCCAGCAGCGAGUAGUCCUGGUUUGGUUUUGGAGUCGAGCCCUGUGGCACAACCGUUGUUGCCUCCACCACCACUGCCUUUGCCGCAGCUACAAGGGCCUCCUACGAUGGAGAUUGCGCUCAAUUCUACGGAGUCUAAUGGCGUGGAACCAAUGGUUAAGGAAGAUGACGGAGAAGCAACAAAAGUUUCAGACCAAAUCUCAGACAAAAACCAAAACGAUCAACACAUAGAAACAGACAGCAGCACUCCUGCUCUAUACAGCAACGACAAAGACGAACCGAAACCGAAGAAUAUGAUGAAGAUGAAGAGGAAAAAACGAAGGCGAGAAGAAGGGAAUAGUUGGGAAGACGUAGCAGACAGCAUUAGAUGGCUAGCAGAAGCAGUGGUACGAUCAGAACAAGUUAGGAUGGACACCAUGAGAGAGUUAGAAAGAAUGAGAGUUGAAGCAGAAGCUAAGAGAGGUGAAAUGGAUCUUAAAAGAACUGAGAUUAUUGCAAAUACUCAGUUGGAAAUUGCUAGGCUUUUUGCUUCUGCUGCUGGGAAAAACAUUGAUUCUUCUACGCCAAUUGGGAGAACCUAAAAACCGAUGGUUGAUUCUGAGCAUAUAUGUAAGGCGUUUAAUUGUAGAAAAAUCCUUAAAUUGAGAGGUUUUAUAUAUUAAAUGACAUUAUUUUAUAGAAAUAUUACUUUUGUUUUAGCUCUUGGUAUUUUGAGUAAAUGUAAAAUGAACAGGCUUUGAAAGUUAGGCUAAUAAUAUAUGAAGGAGAUACAUUUGGUGAAUAAAUAAGUACUACGUCCGUUUUUUUUUUCAAA